AUGAGCAUUUCUGUUACAAAGAAGCUUUGUUCCCUUUUCAUUGUAUUGAGCUAUUUCACGUGCUUUGUCAUUGCCGAUUGUAUAUUCACCAGUUAUGUUACCGUUUAUAUAUACAACGGAAUCCCAGAUUCAACAAUCGAUGUUCAUGUGAAAUCCGGAGACGACGAUCUCGGCCAUCACAACAUCACUUUAAGUCUUGGGUAUGAUUUUCAUUUCUGUGAAAGUAUUUUUGGAAAUACUCUUUUCAUGGGAGAUUUUGUAGAUAAUUCAAGAUCGGCACAUUUUCAUGUUUAUGACGAUGAUGUUGCAAAUAAUAUGGAUGCCUCAAGUGUUGAUUUCACAAAUGUUUAUUGGCUAUUAAAACAAGAUGGAUAUUAUUUGUCAAAAGAAUUUAAACCAUAUGAUGAUCCAUCAUGGGUGUAUAGAGGAUCAUGGGAGUAA